AUGAUUGAACUGAUAGCAGCGCGUGGAAACACCUCAUUAGAAUCCGCUGUUACUUUGACCAAGUCUCUUCGGUUCGACAUCCAGUCCUUAGGCGUGCGCCUUGCUAAGGCUGUAGGCGAGGAAAAGCUGGCCCGCAAAGGGAGCUCACGCAGCAAGUCGCGCGCUGAGAAUGAUCUUGAACUGCGUCUGAUCAUCGCUGAGAUCAAGAAUCUGCUCAAUAGGAUUGAAGAUGCAGUGCCACUGAUCAGCCUCGCCAUCACAACGUCCGGCGUCAAUCUGUCAACCACUCUUCCGGCGACUGUCUCACCGUCUAGAAUGUUGCAGGCGAGCACCUUUCUGACACAUGGCGACACACAAUAUAACAUGGACAUGCCUCGAGCACAGCAGAUAGGGCCUUCGUUUUACCUCUCCAUGUACAUGUUGUUUUCCGGACAUGCGAACAGGGCCCUGGACGAAGAGGGCAUCCGGGAGACGACCUGGAAAGAGGUCAUGCACAAAGCUCGCGUUGUAUUGUUGAGGGUUCCACUUGAUAAUAUCUACCACUAUCCUGAACCAUUUCGGGGCGACAUCGGUCGAGGCGACGAACGCGAGCACAGCCAUAUUCCUUCCGAAGGACGCCUGCACGAAUUCGCGUACCAGCUGUUGAUUGUCGAAGAUCUUGAAGAUGACCGCGUGCACACAUUUGAGGAGGGUGAAGAGCAACCAGGUCCAUAUAAUGGCGUUGGCCUUGCGGGAAUCCGAGAGAUAAUUCCCAUUCAUGAGAUUUCCAAGAUCUUCUAUGCUGACACGGGAAAAAUUCUCAAUAUCGGAACGGACGGUGAGACGAACAACCCUAUCCUUCUGCUGAAACGCGAUGUUCACGCUGUGCCCCCUCGCCGUAUGAUGGAGCGAAACGACGUGGAGCACGAAUAUGACUCUGACGGCUCACAUACCGUUGGUGAUUCUGAGCCAGACGAGGAACAAACUGAACUGGAUGAGCAAUUACGCCGUGAGUCGACGGCAGAGCUUCCUACAGCUGAGUUGCCUGUCGAAGAACCUCAAAUUCACCCUUGGCGUCUUCCUCCGAACCUAGACCUGGAGUGGAUGGCGUUUGAGGUAUACACAGAAGAGCCGCCCUCCGACUCCGACAUUGACGAAUCUGACCUCGAUGUUGGGACUUCAUCGUCAGCAACGGCAACCCCACAGCAUGCCGAGUCUGCGUCUCCUGGUCUAGCCUCCUACUUCUCCAAAUUGAAUCUACGACCUUCAACACCAACAACGUCGAUGCCACCACCGCCCGACACUCAACUCAUACCCUCUCCGCAGAAGAGCUCCCUCCCCAUCCCUCAGCAGGCCCGGGCACCUACCGCUGCUCCGGCCAUCAAAACCUCGCUAUCUCUCCUUGAGAUGCUCGUCCGUCUUACUGCCCUACAGCAGUUCCAACAAACGUCACACCUGGCUGUCCCGGACGAGCUUCUCAAUUUCUUCCUUUCUGAUAGCAGCACUGUAGGCUCCGGCGGAGAUGCCGAACUUAGACGUCGCGUCCGUCGAGAGGCGCGUAUGAGGGUGGGCUUUGACCCGUAUGAUGAGAGCCCAAUCAAGCGACGUGGCGAGGAGUAUCUAGAGCAUGAGUUUCACGACGCUACGAACGGGUACGAUGAUACAACCCCUUCGUCACCAGGUGAAGGGCGAUUUGACUAUGAGGGCUACCCGCAUGGUAAAGCAUCCCCGCGCUCUCGGUCUACGACGCCUAUGUCGCCCUCCUUGCCUGACUCCUCACCCGUUGGAGGCGGUCGCUCGAAGUCCUCUGCAGACAUUCCGCUGCCGUCGCGUGAGAUUCGCUCGUCGUUAUCCUCUGCCAGUCCGCUCUUGCGACGAGCCACCGAUCGACCGAAUCAGUAUAGGGGGAUCAAGCAGCCAAGCUUUCGCGGUCCUCCUACAGCGCCACCUACUUCUAGUUCACCCCGGAUACCGCAAGCUACAUCGGGUGUAAUCCAGAUGGGAAGGGAAAAUGAAACGCCAGACACUCCACCAAGUAGUAGCACCAAGUCUCCAUGA